CCAGCCGCCGCUCCUCCAGCGGAGGCCGCCGCCAAGAAGAAGCCGGCUAAGAAGACGGCAGCCGGUCCCGGCGUGUCCGAGCUCCUCGUCCAAGCCGUGUCCGCUUCCAAGGAGCGCAGAGGGGUGUCCCUGGCCGCCCUCAAGAAGGUCCUGUCCACCGGAGGAUACGAUGUGGACAAGAACAAGAGCCGCCUGAAGAUCGCCCUCUUGGCGCUGGUGACUAAGGGGAGCCUCGUCCAGGUCAAAGGCCAUGGGGCCUCCGGAUCGUUCAAGAUCAACAAGAAGCAGCCUGAGGGCCCCAAAGACAAGGCCAAGCCCAAGAAACCGGCUGCUAAGAAGGCUACAAAGUCCCCCAAAAAGAAGGCGGCCAGAAAAACAACCACCGCAGUCAAGAGCCCCAAGAAGGCCGCCAAGUCCCUCAAGAAGGCGGCGGCCAGCAAAACAACCACUGCAGCCAAGAGCCCCAAGAAGCUGGCUGCCAAGAGACCAGCAAAGGCUGCAGCCAAAAGGUUACCAAGAGCCCCAAGAAGAUCAAAGCUGCAGCCAAGCCGAAAGCCGCAGCUAAGAAGGUGGCUAAGCCCAAGAAAGCCGCUCCGAAGAAGAAAUAAUGGGCGGCGACCUCCAUCUCCACCCCCAAAGGCUCUUCUCAGAGCCCCCCACCUCCUCCCAACAGAGCUCUCCAUACAUACACCGGCAUUGCUGAGUGCACACACUGCUCUGCAUGUCAUCUUUCCCCGAUAUAGAAGAUUUGAUAGAAAUAAAGAUUGA